GGAGGUUUUCUUUUUUGAAACGGCGAUUCUGUGAUUCCGAUCAGUGAAGCAUGGAGAGUGGCAGCGACGACCCUUUGGAUUCGGCGUUUUUGUCCGACGAUGCGUUCAUGGUUGAACACGAGAACAGUGUGAUGAAGAGUGAAGACGACGACGACAGCGACGACAAUAUCAAAAAGGACUUCGACAAUGAAGGGGAAUCUGACGGUGGCGGCGGCGGCGGUGGGAUGGCCGAGAAGCAGGGCCCGUUGCGGGAACAAGACCGAUUCCUGCCGAUUGCCAACAUCACUCGGAUCAUGAAGCGUGCCAUUCCCAAGACGGGCAAGAUUGCCAAGGACGCCAGGGAGUGCGUGCAGGAAAGUGUGAGCGAGUUUGUGAGCUUCAUCACGAGCGAGGCGAGCGAUCGUUGCCAGCAGGAGAAGCGCAAGACCAUCAACGGGGAGGACGUGUUGUUUGCCAUGUCCACCCUGGGGUUUGAUCACUAUGUCGAGCCACUCAAGUAUUACUUGCAGCGUUAUCGAGAGGUCAUGAAAGGUGAAAAACCGUCGGACCAAAUGGAGGAAAUCACGGAAUUUCUUCCACAGCGGAACAGCGAACCUGGGCCAGUGGAAGUGGCGCAACACCAGCAAGUUGUGUUUUAUGACUACACCAUGUGAACGGAAAAAAAGAAAAGCUCGCGUUUUGUAAUUUUCGCCAAAGGUUUUGAUUUUUUUGAGUUGUGGUGCAUUUUGGAGACUUGAUCCAUGCACUUGUUCUUGCGAAUGUGUGUCCUGGAAAAAAAGAAUGUACGUUUGCCCAUGCUCGAAUCUUUGAAGAUGUUUGGUCUUCCAAGAUUUUCCUGAUUUGGUUUUUUUUUUUUGGUCUGGGAGAAGCGGAUUUGAACGAUGAAUUUCAAGAAAUUAUUUUGGUUUUCUUCACGAAA